AUGCCUCCUGCACCCAGCCAGAAGGGCACGGGCAAGAAAGGCGCCGGGGCUGUUCGUCAGCGCAGCCGCAAUACCACACCUAGCUCAGGUCCACCACCCGCCGCUACAUCAGGCCUGCCGCCCGUCGAGACCAUCGAGACCGAGUUUCUCGAGCUGCGACUGGAGUCCGUACGCAGCAUCACGUACGAGGACCUGGCCGACUGCAGCCCCUCCAAUGCCCUCAUCCCCGAGUCCAAAACCCUCGACACCCUCAUCACCCGUCUGGGCAAGCUGCAUGAUAUCACCGAGCGCCGCGGCUCCUUUUGCGACCGGGGCAUGCGCCUGGUAGCCUCCCAGAGAAAGCUGCACUUUGACGAGAUGGCCGCCAGCGGAAGAGACGACGAGAGAUCUCGCGGCGAUGAUGCCGACAAGAAGGCCAAUAAGAAGAAGAGAAAGGCAAACGACAGUCUCGCACCCAAAGACGCCAAUACUGAUCGUGCAUCACCUCUGCGUGACCCGAGCAGCAAACCUCGAAAACUCUCACGAGACAACGACUCCGCUAGCUCAUCACUCUCCCCCGUUGCGAAGGAGACGCCCGGCGCCAUGGAGGUAGACGAGAAGCCCAAGACGGACGAGAAGGAGGAGGACGAGGAAGAGAGCUCCGAGGACGAAGGCGCACCCCCAAGACGCGAGGCUCCCCAGUUCCAGACCUUUGGCGAGGAUCCUUCUACAUUCCCUGACCCUACCGUCUACGAGAUCCGCGAAGUUACACCAGACAUGACGCCAGACGAGCGCAGGGAAAUCUACUCUGUGGCCGUCUAUCCAUACACCGACCUAGCCGAUCAGAUCGCCGGUGAUCCUCCGGACAAGGACUACACCUCCGCCAAACCAUCGAACCAGAUUGCCUUCAACACUUUCUCGACAUAUGUUGAACCCUACUUCCGGCCCUUCAACGAGGAGGAUCUUGCAUUCCUCAGGGAGCGAGGCGAUCGCGUCAAUCCAUUUGUCAUGCCCAAGCGUGGCAAGCGCCAUUACUCGGAGAUCUGGGCGGAAGAGGACGGUGCCAUGUCAAUUGAUUCUACACCUCCCGGCCGUGACAAAUUAGCUCCCAAUCAAGCACGUGGGAACAUCGACAACAUCGACGACGACGUCGCCGAGACCGACAAGCUCUCCGUUGGCCCUAUCCUGGCACGACUGCUCCAGGCUAUGCGGCCUGAAGCACGCGCCCAACCCAGCGAAGACAAGCCCAUGACCAACGGCAUCAACGGCGACGCCGAAGCUAAGCCUGAGACCAAUGGCGACGCUAAUGGAACCACCGGCGAGGAAGAUGGGAAGAGCCUCCCACCUGCGUCUUGCAUGCCCGAGUCUAGUAGUGAAGCCUGGAAGAAAGCAACUCAUCCCAAGCUGGAUUAUACUCAAGUCGACGAGCGUAUCAAGCAAGAGCUUCGCCACAUCGGGUUCCUACCUCAGGAUGGAUUUGAUGGUGAUUACGAUGGGCACUACGACGACGAGGUCGCAGCGCGUCUACGGCUUCUCCAAGACCGUUUGCGAGAUCAGAUUCUCAUCAAUGGCGCCCGCAAGGCACGACUGACCGAACUAGUCAAGGAGCGCAUGGCACAUCAAGAAUAUCAGACCAUUCUCGAGGAUCUCGACACCCAGGUCCAAGGCGCUUACUUGAAGAGAACCCGCACGAUGGGCAAAUCCAAGAAGGCUAAGCGACCUGGAGGUGCUGGUGGUGGAAGCCACGCCGUUGGUAAUGCUGCGGCGGGUAUGGCCCGACCUGGUAUCGGCGAUGUGGCCAAGACGUUGAUGGAACGUCGGCGCCGCUGGAUCGACAAUAUUGGCACAGUCUUUGACGACCCCAACUUGAGUAAAGUACCGCGCGUUUCAGAUCCGAACAGCACCAUCUUCCGACCAGAAGUAAUGCAGAAGUUGAUGAAGGAUGAACGCCAGGCGUGGGACGAAGAAGUCGAGGAAGAGUAA